AUGGAUUUGUGUGAUAAGACGAAACUGCUGCAGGAUUGUCUAGGUGCAUUCAAGGACAACAUGAAGGGGUUCAAUGUGGUGGAGGACAUCAUCAGGAAGGGGUUAAAGGGUGAGGUAUUUGGCCCUGAAACAAUAGGGCACCAGAUCUGUCUUCACUUGAAGAAGAUCAACAGGGAAGCUAAGUUGCUGCAGGCAGCACUUGAUGGGAAGGCUACUCAUCAGGAGAAAAGACAUCUGAUUUACGAUCUGGGGAUCAGGGGUAGAGCCCCCUUGAGUGUUGCUGAUUAUAUCUCCAGGUACGAUGCAGGUGACACUUCUGUGCGUAUUGUAUGGCGCACCCGUGAUGCUACCCCAUGUAUCAAGGUCCGUACCUGGAUGUCAGACAUCCGUGGCAUGGAGGGCACAGGGGAAGCGGUUGUUGAUGAGGAAAUGGGCUUUUAUACCGUUGCUCCGGCAGAGAAUGUCAUAUUCCUGUCUGGUACACGUGAAUGCCCUAAGCUUGAACUCGUUGUCUUCCAUGGCAUUGGGGAAGGCAGCGAGUUGACUGCAGACCUCUAUAAAUGGCUCAAUGCUGUCAUUGACUAUGCAUGCUGGGCCAGACGGGAUGUCCGUCCCUACCAUGAGGGCAAUUUGACUCAGAUUGGCAUGAACCUUGGCCCCCGCCACGCCCGUGUCCUAGGAUGGGCCAAGUCUUUCGUCAAGAAUUUGUCCAACAAAGACAUGAAGAUUCACGAUACUGAUGCUAUUGGUGCUGUUAGCAUCUUUUGGUCUAUUCUGAGUGCAUACGCCCCAACCGAGGUGACUGAUGCAAUGGUGAAGUAUGUUGAGGAAGAGGAAUUGCCUCAUCUUGCUACCCAGAAUGUUGGGCCAGGUACCGGCUUCCGUCUAUGUCUGGGAGAUAAGGACUAUAUGUUUCCUACAUGCUCCCGGGCACCUCCGGAGGCAUAUAUUUCCUGUGGGUAUUCUGCUCCAGUGCACCGAGACGCUUCAUAUUGCCCUUGGGCUGCGUCUUGGAUUGUCAACCGCAAUGUUGACAAUGUUGAUGACUCUGCCGACAAAUCUGCAGGCAGCAGUUUUGUCGAUGUUGGCUUGCGGGUUGCAGUACGUGCUGCAUCUGCCAGUCUUGUCAUCUGGAAUCCCAACAACGCACAUGGAACUACACGGUCGUACGGUGCAGAAAACUCUGGGAUCGCCAUUACUUUUUCUUCCAAGGUUUGCGAUGUCUAUCGUACACUCACUUCCAUGGGUAAGGUACCUUUUCUCAGUGGUACCUGUUACGGUGGAGAUGAAAUCCUAGGUCUUGUCGAGAGUGGGAGUGGGGCAGGGGCAACUGAAACUGAUGAAUAG